AUGGGGCCGCAUGAAACUCCAGGUGCACGAUUCUCAAUCAGCUGGCACCGUUACCUCAGUGGUCUUUUACCACAGAAUGUGGCUGAAAAGCUCGAUCUAAGCAAGCUUCAAAUCAAUGUUAUUGAUCCUUUGGCGAUCAAAGCUAUUGAUGAAGCAGUGAGAAAUUUUCACAAUGCAACGCUACUUGAUUAUAUGGAAUGGCAAAUUAUUCUCGCGACAGUACCUUUUCUGGACGAAAGAUUUCGAAAUGUAACAAAAGAACUUGAGAACGCUCUUAUGGGACAAUCGGAAUUACGACCAAUGUGGUUGCGUUGCCAAAAUGAAGUGUCGUCUCUGUUUCCGGAAGUUAUCAACAGACUUUAUAUUGGAGAAUACUUUCACGAUGAAAAUAGGGCUGUUUUAAAGCAAAUGAUUGAUAACAUCAAAGAAUCGUUUGCUGUACUUAUCGAAGAAUCAACAUGGAUGGAUUCUUAUGUGAAACUUCAAGCACUGCGAAAAGUAGAUGCGAUCGUGCCGUUUAUUGGUUACGAUGAUUACCUGUUAAACAAUACCGCCUUGGAAGUGAAAUACGCUCAGUUCGAUUACAAUUCUUCGUCCGAUUUCCUGGGCAUUUAUCGAGCAGUUAUAAAGUACAGGCUGCAAAGGCUAUUCAACAAGCUGUUAGAAACAAAUGAACGAAAACAAUUCCAGUUCCCAGCGCCACAAGUCAAUGCCUAUUAUGACCCGAUGCAUAAUCAAAUCGAUUCUGUUUUAGCACUGCUGGUUGGAAUCCUCCAAGGAACGUUCUUCAACAACAAAAUGCCACUUUCGGUGAAUUAUGGUAGCAUUGGUGUUGUCAUUGGGCACGAAAUUACACAUGGCUUUGAUGAAGGAGGUUGGCAAUUUUUUAAAGCAUUUAUUCGCACUGCCACUCAUGCUCAUACCUGUGAAUUAUGA